AUGACCGAGUCUCAGUUGCAAAACAGUGGAAUAUGUCUCUUCCUCUCUGUUUUUCUUUUCACAGUAAGCAACGCCUGGCAGACGUUUUCUUACACCUUUGAUGAGAACUUCUCAGAUGAGUUUCUGCCUCACCUGGAGGAUGACACCCAAAUUACCUCUUGUGAUUUUGAGUCGUUGUGCUACUGGACUUUCACAUACAACAACACUCACAGUGACUGGUCAGUGGUUUCACCUCAGCAGCUCAAAGGCACUAGGGCCAGGACGACGCCUGAAAUUGAUCACUCUCUGGGUCGAUCUGAUGGGCAUUUUCUUCUUCUGAGUCCAUCUGAUGCAGAGAAAUGUGAGCACCAAAUAAUAAGUCCGGUCUUGCCUGGGAGCAACAGACAAUGCAUUCUGCAGGUUGCUCUCUAUGAAUCCGGUCCGACUUUGGGCAACCUGACAGUCUCGAUCAAACCUCUUCUGUCAGAUUUGAUCGUUCACUCUGAGGUUCUCAACCAGAGGAGACCAGACACCCACAGGAAUGAAUGGCAGGUUUAUAAAGCUGUGAUUGGUCAGAUGGAUGAACCGAUUCAAGUGACCCUGCUCUACACUUCCUGUGUGGGUGAAGGUGAAGUCACUGUGGCUUUGGACUCUCUGGAUUUCAUCGACUGUGGCUCAGGUGAUGAGGCCAUGGACCUGAAUCUCAUGUGUGGAAAAUCUUUCCACUGCGUAAACUCGGACGUUUGCAUCAAUCAGAGCCAAGUGUGUAACUUCCACACCGACUGUCCACUAGGAGAAGACGAGGGGUUGAUCUGUGACGCUCUUCCCUUUGGCUCGUACUGCUCGUUUGAGUCGGAUUCAUGCGGUUGGUCCGGGUCCAGUCAGCACUCGGGAUGGAGGAGAGUCGCUGGAGAUGAACUUCUGCAGAAACAAGACAUGCAGGGCGUCACUCUCCAGCGCACACCAGGACACUUCUUGUACCUGCAGGUUAGAGAGAGUAGUUCCUUUAAAGAAGCGUCCUUUCAGAGCUCCUUCUUCCCUCCGCCGAUCUCUACUUCUGCAUGCCAGAUGCGUUUCUCUCUCUACUUGUACGGAUCGUUUAACGGCUCGUUGCAAGUUGCCAAUGAGGAAAACGGGACCGGUUAUACGCCUCUUAUCUGGGAGAGACAAGGCCAGUCAACGGAUGACUGGGAAGCAGUUGCACUGGAAGUGACUGACCUCAAUCAUGGGUUCCACAUCCACAUCAAAGCCGCGUGGGGACGAAACUCCAACGCUGACCUCGCGUUUGAUAACAUCGCCAUCGGCGCGGCCUGCUUCAAAACAGAUCUCAACUCGCUGCAGCAAAUUGACUUUGAUUUCCUGAGUCCGCUUCCUGAGCCGUCGGUCACAGAAGUCUCUCUGAUGACGUGGUGGUUUAACUCAUGCGGUGCCAGCGGCCCCCACGGCCCGACCCAAGCCCAGUGCGACAGCACCUACAGGAACAAAAACGUCAGCGUCACUGUGGGGAAGGAGGGCCCCCUGAAAGGAGUCCAAAUGUGGAAGGUUCCUGCUACCAACCGAUACCAUAUCUCAGCGUACGGCGCUGCAGGCGGAAAAGGAGCCAAAAACCACAACAAACGCAACCACGGGGUGUUUAUCUCCGCCAUAUUUCCCCUGGAAAAAGGAGAAAUACUUCACAUUUUGGUGGGACACCAGGGAGAGGACGCCUGCCCCGGGAGAAAUCCACUUACACAGAAAAUAUGUCUGGGAGAGUCGUCUGUGAUCGAAGACAACCGUAGAUCUGAGACCAGCACGGAGCGUGCAGGUGGAGGCGGCGGCGGUGGAGGAGCCACCUACAUCUUCAAGAUGGAGGGUGGUGAGCUGGUUCCUUUGCUGAUUGCAGCUGGUGGGGGAGGAAACGCCUACCUGGAGGACCCGGAGUCCAGUCUGGACCAGAUGCCUCCAGAGCAGUUUGAGAACAGCACCGCAGCCCGCGGUACCAACGGUCAGACUGGAGCAGCAGGUGGAGGAGGUGGUUGGAAGGACAUCCUCAGUCUUCAUCAGAGCGCCGGCAGAUCACUGGUGGAAGGAGCAGUGGGCGGGACUUCCUGUCCGCUGGCUCUGUCAAAGCUCAGCUGGUCAACGUAUGGCGGGUUUGGAGGAGGAGGAGGAGCCUGCACAGCAGGAGGUGGUGGCGGCGGAUACAGAGGAGGCGACGCUGCGCUGACAGAUGACAUCACCGCCGACGGCCAGAACGGCGUUUCCUUCAUUCAUCCGAUGGGAGAGAUUUUCUUACAACCUUUGGCAGCCAUGGAGGGUCACGGUGAGUGUGAGAUCAAGGUGGAGCUGAACUGCAGCCACUGUCGGACGCAGAGCUGCAAACGGGAAGAAGACACUCAUCUCGUCCUCUGCCUCUGUGACGACGAUGAAUUCCUGGCCAAUGACAACGUAACGUGUGUUAGUGCUGCGGUUUCUCCAGCCCCGCCAAGCCCCGUUCCUCCAGGCCAGCUGUCCACGUCGCUGAUCCUGGCUGUCGUCGCCUCCAUCAUCGUCAGCGGCGUUGCUCUGGUCUGCGCCGGCGUCAUCCUCAUGUGGCACCGCAGGAAGAACGACCUGCAUGCUGUAAGGCGGCGUCUGCAGAGCCCAGAGUACAAGCUGAGCAAGAUCCGCUCCUCCACCAUCAUGACCGACUACAACCCCAACUACUGCUUCGCAGGCAAGGCCGCGUCGCUCAGCGACCUGAAGGAGGUUCCACGCAAGAACAUCACCCUGCUCAGGGCUCUCGGUCAUGGCGCUUUCGGUGAAGUCUACGAGGGACAAAUUCUUGGAAUGAGCGCCGAUGGCAGCCCCAUGCAGGUGGCAAUAAAGACGCUUCCAGAGAUUUGCUCCGAGCAGGACGAAAUGGACUUCCUGAUGGAGGCUCUGAUUAUGAGUAAGUUCAGCCACCUGAACAUCGUGCGCUGCGUCGGCGUCAGUCUAAACAUCCUGCCUCGCUUCAUUCUGCUGGAACUGAUGACCGGCGGAGACAUGAAAAGCUUCCUGAGGCAGAACAGGCCGCGAGCGGGCCAGACCUUUUCUCUCACCAUGCGGGAUCUGCUGCAGAUGGCCAGAGACAUCGCCUGCGGGUGUCGAUACCUGGAGGAGAACCAGUUCAUCCACAGAGACAUUGCUGCCAGGAAUUGCCUGCUUACCUGCGCCGGGCCAGACAGAGUGGCUAAGAUCGGAGACUUUGGCAUGGCCCGAGACAUUUACAGGGCGAGUUACUACAGGAAAGGUGGCCGAGCCAUGCUGCCAGUCAAAUGGAUGCCACCAGAGGCCUUCAUGGAGGGAAUCUUCACCUGCAAGACCGACACCUGGUCAUUCGGAGUACUGCUCUGGGAAAUCCUGUCUCUGGGCUACAUGCCUUACCCCUGUAAAACCAACCAGGAGGUUCUGGAGUUUGUCACCAGCGGAGGCAGAAUGGAUCCGCCAAAGGGCUGUCCAGGCCCUGUCUACCGGCUUAUGACCCAGUGUUGGCAGCAUUGUCCUGAUCACCGGCCCAAUUUCGCCACAAUCCUGGAGAGAAUUAAAUACUGCACUCAGGACCCUGAUGUGAUAAAUACCCCUCUGCCUGUUGAAUAUGGCCCCAACACAGACGAUGAUGGCGGAACGGUGAUGCGUCCCACUGCCCCCAACUCCACCAGUCUCACUCCUUUACUGGUGUCCCGCCCUGUUUGCAAGGACUCACCCUCCCAGCUCGGUUUCUCCCCCAAGGGCUUCAGUCCCCCAGUCCCUCCACCGCAGCCCACCAAACCUCGCCUUCUGCUACAGAGAACCCAACCGGUCCACCAGGAAGUGACUUCCUGCUGUGAAAUGCUGGAGCCAUCCUGGGCUGAAACCGUUCCUGCUCCUGGUUUGUCAUCCGUAGCAAACUCUCUGCAUCCGGAACCUCCUCAUCACCGUCCCUGCUCCAGAAACAGCUCGUCCUCAGGGAGCCAGAGGCUGAAAAACAAGACCAAGAACCUUUGGAACCCAACAUACGGCUCCUGGGUCCUCGAAAGCUUUCGGGCGAAGAAAACGCUGGCUCAAACUCAGUCUAUGCCGCUCUCUUGCAAUUCGACUGAGGAGAACAACAAAGCUGUUUGCGACGGAACCAGCAGCACCUACCUCAGUCCAGCUUGUCAAGUCCAAGCUGCCCCAACCACCUUGACAGGAGGCAGCUCUAAAGCCAGGUUGGACCUGGCUAAACUCCACAGCUUCCCCUGUGGGAACGUCAACUUUGCCUAUGAUGAGCAGAGCUACGAGGCAGAGAGCCUGCCGCUGGCGAAGCCCAAAGCCUCAGAAGCCAUCACAUGCAGCAUCAGUCCGCCGAGCGUCUCACCGGGAACCGGCCUGGGUCUGGCGCUGGGAUUCAGCACCGCCUCAGCUUGUAUGCCCAAACUUCUGCUGAAACGUCACGCCAGCUACGGACACGAGGACGUCAGGAGGCACGCUAAAACAGAGAAGCUCAGCCGCGACCGGGACUCUGGCUUUUCUCUGUCUGAGGACCUGAGUGUCGCUCACAUCUAGAAAUCAGCAUGUGGCAACAGACUUUGAAUCUGAUGAAAUACGUCAGCUGGACGACGAGCUCUGCAAAGAUGAAAUGACUGCAGCUCCUGAUAUGCUGGAAAACCCAAUGAAAUGCUGACA